CCGUGAACGAGCUCAACCGGGAAAGCACUCUGCACCUCUCUCUCCACCUCCACCAAAACUGGAUUCUCACUCUUCCGCUCUUCACCCAAAACCUCACUGGUCUUUUUCAAUAUUGUUAUUUUUUUAUUUCUCUCUUUCCUUACGCGUUUUUUUAAGCUGAGGACACAGCGGAAGGAAGCGCGUUGAAGCGAACUUGCUUGGAUGGACAGACUGCCUCUUUUGAUGAGCUCAUCAGCCAGUGUGUCUCCAUAUGGCUUAUUUUCACUUUGUGAGAGAGGAUGCGGGGUGAAAAGCCCACAGCAAGCCUUGCAGUUACCAGCCAAAACCAUGUUGGCAUGAACAUGAAGAUUAAGGCUCCAAUCUCAACUCAUGUGAAACCGUGCAUUCUCUAACUGGCAUCAGGAGGAGCUCUUCCAUGAUCACAAACAAUUUUUGUGUUUGAAGCACUGUUAAUUUGCUUUCCAGAGCCAUGGCAGAGAGGACCUUGAAACAGAUCAGAUUAUUUUGGCACAAACAGCCCAGGCAGUGCUAAUAUUUUUCUCUGUAACAAAAUCAAAUAUUGUGCUUCGAUUUGUCUGUUGUACAAUGAGACCCUUAAUUGUCUGCCUCUUCUCUGUCACAGUCAACUCACGACACUUAUUGCUGAAUCAAAACGUCCUAUAAAUACAUUUAGCCAUCUGCAUAGAUUAGCGUUCUCACAAUGGUUUUACAAAAGCAUCACAGUGCCCAUUUGAUUUGGGUUGGGCUGCUCAUUUGUGGCUACGUAGAAGUUGGCACUUGCCUGGAGUUUACAGGUGCACAGGGACAGUGGGCUCGGUUCCCGGUUUGGAACGCGUGCUGUGAAAGUGAAAUGAGUUUCAACAUGAAAACAAAGAGCUCCCACGGGCUGCUGGUUUACUUUGACGACGAGGGAUUUUGCGACUUUUUGGAACUCCUCUUACUGAACGGGAAACUCAGCCUUCGCUUUUCCAUCUUCUGUGCCGAGCCCGCCUUCGUAAUAUCUGACACGGCGGUCAAUGACAGCCAGUGGCACGCUGUCACCCUAAGGAGAAACUUUAAGAACACAACCCUGAUGGUGGACAAUGAGAUCAAAUGGGUGGAGGUGAAGUCCAAAAGACGGGAUAUGACAGUUUUCAGCCACAUGUUCGUCGGCGGCAUCCCGCCGGAGUUGCGAUCGGUGGCGUUGCGGCUCACGUCUGCUGCCAUCAGGGAUCAGCCCCCUUUCACUGGUUGGAUAACGGACAUAAAGGUCAACAACACAGCAUCUGCCAUUGUGGACAGUGAAGGGGUCAUAAAGGACCUGUGCGGUGCAGCCAACAUCUGCUUAAAUGGUGGACAGUGCAGUUUAAUCAACAACAAACCUACCUGUGACUGCUCUCAAACCGGAUUCCAAGGAACGGACUGCAGCGAAGAAGAGAAAUAUACCGAAGGUCUGGCACACCUGAUGAUGGGCGACCAAGGGCAGAGAGGGGAAACUUGGCUUCUAAGGUCCCUACUCAGCAUUCAAGGGAAAGAAGAGUAUGUUGCAACCUUCAAAGGAUCUGAGUUCUUCUGUUACGACUUGUCCUUGAACCCAAUUCAAAGCAGCAGCGAUGAAAUCACAUUGUCAUUCAAAACCCUCCAGAGGAAUGGACUGAUGCUGCACACCGGCAAAUCGGCCGACUACGUCAACCUGGCAUUGAAAAAUGGAGCCGUGUCUCUCGUCAUUAAUUUGGGGUCUGGAGCCUUUGAAGCUCUGGUGGAGCCAGUCAAUGGGAAAUUUAAUGACAAUGAUUGGCAUGAUGUCAAAGUAACAAGGAAUCUACGUCAGCACUCAGGCAUUGGACACGCUAUGGUAACAAUAUCUGUUGACGGAAUUCUGACGACUACGGGAUAUACGCAAGAGGACUACACCAUGCUUGGCUCCGAUGAUUUUUUCUACGUUGGAGGGAGUCCGAGCACAGCGGACCUGCCUGGAUCUCCAGUUAGCAACAACUUCAUGGGCUGCCUCAAAGAGGUUGUGUAUAAAAACAAUGAUGUAAGACUUGAGCUAUCAAGGCUGGCCAAGCAGGGAGAUCCCAAGAUGAAGCUACAUGGUACUGUGGCCUUCAAGUGUGAGAAUGUGGCCACUUUGGACCCCAUUACUUUUGAGACACCCGAGUCUUUCAUCGUCCUCAACAAGUGGAAUGCGAAGAAGACAGGCUCCAUCUCAUUUGACUUCCGUACCACAGAGCCAAACGGGCUCCUCCUCUUCAGCCAUGGCAAGCCAAAGCAGCAGCAGAAGGAUUCUAAAAGUCCCCAGAUCCUCAAAGUGGACUUCUUUGCCAUUGAGAUGCUGGAUGGCCACCUGUAUCUGCUGCUCGACAUGGGCUCAGGGACUACAAAGACCAAGGCAGUCAACAAGAAGGUCAAUGAUGGCGAGUGGUACCACGUGGACUUCCAACGAGACGGAAGAUCUGGUACCAUCUCUAUCAACACCCUCCGAACUGCCUAUACAGCCCCUGGAGAGAGUGAAAUUCUGGACUUGGAUGAUCAUCUUUACCUUGGGGGCCUGCCUGAGAACAAAAUGGGCCUGGUGUUCCCCACUGAGGUGUGGACAGCUCUGCUUAACUACGGUUACGUUGGCUGCAUUCGGGAUCUAUUUAUUGAUGGACAGAGUAAAGAUGUACGGCGUCUGGCUGAAAUUCAGAAGGCUGCUGGAGUCAAGCCUUCGUGCUCCAAGGAGCCUCCCAAACAGUGUUUGAGCAAUCCUUGUCAAAACAACGGCAUCUGCAGGGAAGGCUGGAACCGAUAUGUGUGCGACUGCUCUGGUACUGGAUACCUGGGUCGCUCUUGUGAAAGAGAGGCGACGGUCCUCAGCUACGACGGCAGCAAGUUUAUGAAGGUCCAGCUGCCGGUGGUGAUGCACACCGAAGCUGAAGAUGUUUCGAUGCGCUUCCGAUCCCAGCGAGCCUAUGGUAUCCUAAUCGCCACCACCUCUCGGGACUCUGCCGACACCCUGCGUCUGGAGCUGGAGAGCGGCCGCGUCCGGCUGACUGUCAAUUUAGAUUGUGUCAGGAUAAACUGUACCUCCAGCAAAGGUCCAGAAACUAUUUUUGCGGGUCAGAAUCUGAACGAUAAUGAGUGGCACACAGUGCGUGUCUUCAGGAGGGGAAAGAAUUUGACACUGACCGUAGAUGAUCUGACACCAGUUGAAGGUCAAAUGGCCGGUGACCACACCCAACUGGAGUUCCACAACAUUGAGACAGGCAUCGUGACGGAGAAGCGCUUCAUGUCCAUGGUGCCGUCCAAUUUCAUUGGUCACCUUCAAAGCCUGUCUUUCAAUGGCAUGGCCUACAUAGACUUGUGUAAAAAUGGCGACAUCGACUACUGUGAGCUCAACGCCAUGAUCGGCUUCAAGAACAUCAUCGCUGAUCCUGUCACCUUCAAGUCGCGCUCCAGCUUCGUGACCCUCACUGCUCUUCAGGCUUACUACUCCAUGCACCUUUUCUUUCAGUUUAAGACCACCUCUUCCGAUGGCCUCAUCCUCUAUAACAGUGGGGAUGGGAAUGACUUCAUUGUGGUGGAGCUGGUCAAAGGAUACCUGCACUAUGUGUCAGACCUGGGAAAUGGAGCCCAUUUGAUUAAAGGCAACUCCAACAGGCCUCUCAAUGACAACAACUGGCACAGCGUCAUCAUCUCCAGAGAUGCCAACAACCUCCACAUGGUCAAGAUUGAUACCAAGAUUACCACCCAGACCACCACAGGCGCCAAAAACCUGGACUUAAAGGGUAACCUUUACAUUGGUGGAGUUGCCAAGGAGAUGUACAAAGAACUGCCCAAACUGGUGCACGCCAAGGAGGGCUUUCAAGGUUGUUUGGCAUCAGUGGAUCUGAAUGGCCGCCUCCCUGACCUGAUGUCAGAUGCGUUGGAAUGUGUGGGACAAAUUGAAAGGGGAUGUGAAGGCCCCAGCACCACAUGCCAGGAAGACUCCUGCGCCAACCAGGGAGUGUGUCUUCAACAGUGGGAGGGCUUCAGCUGUGACUGCAGCAUGACGACGUUUGGUGGACCUCUGUGUAAUGAUGCUGGAACAACGUACAUAUUCGGGCGAGAUGGCGGUAUCAUCACAUACACGUGGCCGCCAAACGACCGGCCCAGCACAAGGGCAGACCGGCUAGCAAUUGGCUUCAGCACUCACCUAAAGGACGCCGUCCUGGUGAGGGUGGAUAGCUCCUCUGGUCUUGGAGACUUCUUGAAACUGCACAUCGAAAGAGGAAACAUUGCUGUUGUGUUUAAUGUUGGAACAGAUGACAUUAACAUAGAGGAGACGUCAAAGUUUGUAAACGAUGGAAAAUACCACAUAGUCAAGUUUACAAGGAGUGGGGGUAAUGCCACUCUCCAGUUGGACGAUCUACCCGUCAUUGAGCGCUACCCCCAAGGCAACAAUGAUAACGAACGCCUGGCGAUUGCUAGACAGCGAAUCCCAUUCCGACUUGGUCGAGUAGUUGACGAAUGGCUACUCGACAAAGGGCGGCAGCUGACUAUCUUCAACAGCCAAACAACUAUACAGAUUGGUGGCUGGGAGCGAGACCGGACUAGAUCCUUUCAGGGCCAGCUUUCAGGCCUCUACUAUAAUGGCCUGAAAGUGUUCAACAUGGCCGCAGAGGGAGACCCCAACAUUAAGAUCCAAGGCAGUGCGCGGCUUGUAGGGGAGUCGCCUUCCCCUAUAACUCCACAGUCAAGUACUACAGCCAAUCGGUCCGAAACAUCCACAACUAUAAUGGAGCUCACCACCACCACUGCAUCCAGUCGCCGAGUCAAACAGACGACACCACGAGAGCCUCAGCAGACAAGCGAGGACAUGCUUGUGGCAUCGGCAGAGUGUCCAAGCGAUGAUGAGGACAUCGAUCCCUGUGAGCCGAGCUCAGGUGGGUUAGCCAAUCCCACGGGUGCUGGACCAAAGGGUUUCCCGGACUCCUCGGAGGUCUUCCGCGAGUCCAGCAGUACUACAGGCAUGGUGGUGGGCAUCGUAGCAGCCGCAGCUCUGUGCAUUCUCAUCCUGCUCUACGCCAUGUACAAGUACCGCAAUCGAGACGAGGGUUCCUACCACGUGGACGAGAGUCGCAACUACAUCAGCAACUCGGCUCAGUCAAACGGUUCGAUUGUCAAAGAGAAAGCGGUCAACCCCGCAAAGACUUGCAGCAAGAACAAGAAGAACAAGGAUAAGGAGUACUAUGUGUGAUUAUCAAAGUGCUGGUCUUUGUCAGACCAACUGGAACGUUGUUGGAAAAUUCUAAUCAAGACUUUAUUGUGUACAGUAUGAUAACAAAAUUGAACCUUAUUUAGUCAUUUUUCUCCCCCAAGAAGACAUUGCUCUGCAAAUCAACAAGAAGAUAUAAUGAAGGAAGAACCAUUCUCAAGACUUUCUGGGAAAAGAAUGUGGACGGACAAAUGUCUCUGGCAUCCAAGUGGAAGCCAAAUGAAAACAACCAAAUAACAUAAUCCAUCUGUGACUUGUUUCCAAUAGCGGGAUGAUCCCACUCCUUUGUUGGUGGCCACCACAGGAGCACAGAUGCACUUUGCAAAGAUGGGUUAUGAACUUGGUUUGAUUUGAACAUGUCUGUGUUUGUGGUGUUUUGUUUUGAGAGAACAUGGCGCCAUACAUAAGUGUUGCAAACAUUUGAUUUGAAGAAGACAGAGGCAGGACUCUUGACAGCAAAUCCACAGAGGGGAAAAAAAAAAAAAAAAAAAAAAAAAAAAGAGGCAGGACAGAUGUCCACAGACUUGCCAACGUGUCUCGGUUGAACAUAACAGACCAAGAGCUGAAUUGACUGAAGUGCAGUGUCAUUUACAAGAAUUUUGAUUCCAGAAGAACAAAAUGUCCAUUGUGCCAGUAAGAAAUCUGGAGGCCUUUGUUUCUGCAUCAUGUGAAGUCUAAGGCAAGAAGUUUCCUCAGAAGUCUCAGAGGUGAACGUGUCGGAGCCAUGCACGCUGAAUGAUCCUAUUCCACUACAUAUGUUUAUAUACAGUACAACCACAUCUAAAUGUGCUUUCUGAACUGUGAUAAUGUGGUGUUUUAUAGCCUGUUGUAUAGAUGAUGCAAACUAUAACUCUGCUCCAAAACCAUUUUUGGAAUAAAAAUCAAAAGACAAAAAAACAAACAAACAAAAAGAACGAAAAUGUAAAUGUUAAGUGUUGCUAGACAUAGAACAUUUUAUGAAGAAAUCUGCAUCAUUUGUUUCCAGCCCCCUUCCUGUUUUUACAUGUUCCUUUAUAGUUUUUAUACAAAUGCUAACCAGGCCAAGUGUAUCCCACCCAAAACUGCACAAAGGAGUUCAAAGCAGGAGAGGAAUGAGCACGAUGACGUGCGUGGCGAGGAGAAUCAUUGCCUUCCUCCAGCAAAAUGACCCGACUGACUCAAGUGUGCUGGAGAAAAGAAGAUUCUAAUGGGGAGAUGAUGACACCGAUGAAGAACAAUGAAUUUGUUUUGUGUCUCCAAGUGGCAUUAUAACAUCAUCAAGUCUGUGCUCGAUGCUCUUGCAAAGACCUAAAGAUUUCACAAGUCCAUUUCAACAGUUCUGUGUUUGUUCUGUCAUUCUGUCCGUCAGUUCUGCUUACCAGAGACCUGUACUUGGAAUGAGUAUGAGGAAAAUGACCAUGAACUAUAAAUGAUGAUUAUAACUUA